AUGACCGAACACGAGCCGACGACCCUUUCUCAAGCACCUACAUCACAACCCGUUAAUGCUCUUACACCACCACGCUACACGCUUUCCGACGGCGUUAACUUAACCACCGUACCACCAACAUUUGCUGCGGAUGGCAACGACGAUGCGAAAACAACUGAACAUGCAGUGACAGGUCGAGCAAGCCUCAACGUAAAUCAACGAUUAGUGCUCAUGACCGGCGUUGGUAGUUUUUGGGGAUUCAGUAUUGGCUCGUUUAUUGGAGGACGACACGCCGGUCUUCAAUACCUUGCCGAGAACGCACAUCGACUACCAACGACAGUUCAGGGAUGGUAUUUCUACCACAAGACGAAAAAUUAUCGGAUGGCAUUGGGUGGCAUCAAACGUGGUGCUCGGUAUGCCGUGCGAACCGGUGGACUUUGUUUGAUGUAUGGAGCUCUUGAGGCCGGAUUGGAUCAUAUGCGUGGUGAACCGGACGUAGCGAAUUCUGUAGCAGCAGGCGCUGUCUCUGGCGCCAUCUUUUCUACCUUUAGUAAGUUUCCCCUACUCUUUAACGUAAGAUAUUCGCUGAUGUUUGGAGCCGCAUUUGGUCUGGUGACGGGUGGAUUAUCGGAUAUUCAUCGGUGUAUUUCUGGAAACUCGCCAGCGUAUGUCGCAUGGAUCCAAUCUCGACUGGACAAUAAAGUACAACAACGGUAG